AUGACACACAAAGGCACCAUCAAGUCGUUCGACCACUCUGCCAAGUCUGGCUACAUCGUCUCAGCGAGCAGAAGAUGCAGCUUGGUGUUCAACGUCGCAGAUAUCAAGGGCGACAAGGCUUGGGUAGAGCAAGGAAUGACAGUCUUCUUUGAUGUGGUUGGCUUUGCGGCGAAGAAUAUUCGGCAAGAUCUGAUCUCUUAUGCUCUGGAAGAUGGGCCUGAGCCGGUGGCAGUUGGGACGGAGCCACACGAGGUUCUUGCAUCGUGA